ACUCCAAGAAUCAUAUGGAGUAGACCCGUAGAUAGCAAAAAUUCUUCCAUUGUCCCGCUCGGGUAUUUCUCCAUUCUUUCUGUAUCGUGAGAUACUUCCCACUACAAUUUCUUGGAUAAAACACUCCAGCGAUUGAUUAUCCCAUAUCCCGGAACAAGCAGCAAAACACAUCCACCAUGCUCAUUGAAGAUCAAUCGGCAAACUCGGCCACAAAGUCGACAUCUUCAUUCUCCAGCCUUCCCGAUGCCCCCGUUGACGAAAUCUUCAGUCUCAAUCACGCGUAUGCAACUGAUCCUAACCCAAACAAAGUAAAUCUGAGCCUGGGCGUCUACCGCACUGAAGAAGGUCAACCAUGGCCACUGUCAUCGGUCGAGCAAGUAGAGCAGGAACUGCAUUCUCAAAACAAUCCUGCUCGCCAUGAAUACUUGCCCAUCGAAGGUGACCGAGAGUUCUUAGAUCAUGCUCGCGACCUCAUGUUCGGCUUCAACAAGAACGAUACAGACGUUGAGAAAGAAGCAAAGGCAAAAAAGCGAAUUGCGUCCGUACAAAGCAUCUCAGGCACAGGAGCAAACCAUCUCGGUGCAGCGUUUUUGGCCCAUCAUCUCAAACCGAAACAUGUCUGGGUAUCGAUCCCGACAUGGGCUAAUCAUCACACUAUCUGGGAAUUGCAAGGUAUAGAGCGUAAAGGGUACCCGUAUUUUGACGCUUCAACGUGCGCUUUCAAUUUUGAAGGUGCCAUUACCACGCUUGAGAAUGAAGCGGAGGAAGGAGAUGUCAUUCUACUACACGCAUGCGCCCAUAACCCGACAGGCGUUGAUCCAUCCAAAGAACAAUGGAAGAAAAUCGCCGAACUGUGUCAACGCAAACGACUAUUCCCCUUCUUCGACUCGGCUUAUCAGGGUUUCGCGUCUGGAUCAGCAGAUGAAGAUGCCUGGGCAGUCCGAUACUUUUUCAACCUCAGCCCGCCUCUAGAAAUGUGCGUUGCGCAGAGCUUCUCCAAAAAUUUCGGUCUUUAUGGUCAUCGAACCGGUGCUUUCCAUUUGGUCACCAACGGCUCAAAGCCCGCAGAGACGGAACUCGUACGCAAGAAUCUAUGCCAUAUUAUCCGUGGGGAAUACUCCAUGGGUCCGCGCUAUGGUAGUACGAUUGUCAAGAGGGUGCUCGGCGACAGUGCCUUGAGAGCCCAAUGGCAAAAAGAUCUGACGGCCAUGAGCUCAAGAAUAAAGCGAAUGCGUCAGGCUUUAUAUGAUGAAUUAGUCCGACUCAACACGCCCGGAUCAUGGGAGCAUAUCAUUAACCAGAAUGGAAUGUUUUCCUAUACUGGUCUCACGCUGAAGCAGGUUUUGACUCUGAGAAAUGAAUUUCAUAUUUAUCUGCUCAAGUCCGGUAGGGCUUCUGUUAGUGGCUUCAGCGAGAAAAAUGUGGCUUACGUAGCUCAAGCUAUUGAUAACGUGGUGAGGAGGGAUGUCUGAAGUCAUAGCAAUGUACAUCAAUCGACUCUUAUAUCUCAUGUUUUGUUCCAGAUUUGCAUAUGUAUUUAGAUUUUUGAUAACAUGCACCUUCUAUGAAUUCAGCUUAUGUACAGUUAGCUUGAAAUCUAUCCAACCAAUGUCAAAAUGCCAGAUUAAACCUCC